AGGCCAUCUCCAGUGUCCCAGGAAGGGAUUGGACAUCAGGAUUGCGAGCAGUGGGUUUCUGCACACAGCCGAUGUUUUCCAAGGAGAGCAGAUGCACACAUACCUCCCAAGGAAAACUGAAUUGGCAUGGGCCAUGCAGAGAACAAGCAGUCCUGGAGGACAUCCUGCACUGAACUCCUCAUCUCGGUUGCCACACCAGGCUGCAAUGGCUUUCCCAACCUGGAGUCCAAGGAGAACUAUAAAUUGAAUAUCUCAAGAGAUUCCAUGCUGCUCUAUGCCGAUGCUGUUUGGGGAGCUCUUAGAGGCCUGGAGACAUUCAGCCAGCUUGUUGGGAGAGACGAGAACGGCAUGUACUAUAUCAAUGAGACAGAAAUUGUGGACUUUCCCCGCUUCCCUCACCGAGGCCUGUUGCUGGACACCUCUCGCCACUACCUGCCUCUGAAAGCCAUCUUGGAAACUCUGGAUGUCAUGGCUUACAACAAGUUAAAUGUGUUUCACUGGCACAUUGUGGACGACCCGUCAUUCCCAUAUGAGAGCUUUACUUUCCCAGAGCUUAGCAAGCAGGGAGCUUUCAGUGCCAUGACCCAUGUGUACACAGCCAGUGAUGUGCAGACAGUAAUCGAGUAUGCUCGUCUCCGUGGCAUCAGAGUCAUUGCAGAGUUUGACACACCUGGGCACACACUUUCCUGGGGUCCAGGUGCUCCAGGCCUCCUGACUCCUUGCUAUUUGGGGAAGGAUCCUUCUGGGACCUAUGGGCCCAUCAACCCCAUCUUCAACAGCACCUACCAGUUUGUGACCAGUUUGUUUCAGGAGAUCAGCUCAGUGUUCCCAGACUACUUUAUUCACCUCGGUGGUGAUGAGGUGGACUUCACGUGCUGGAAGUCCAAUCCAGACAUUCUUGUCUUCAUGAAGAAGAUGGGCUUUGGUGAAGAUUACACAAAAUUGGAAUCAUACUACAUCCAGAGACUCCUGGACAUCGUCUCUUCUCUUGGCAAGGGCUAUAUGGUGUGGCAGGAGGUGUUUGACAAUGGAGUGAAGGUGAGGCCAGACACAAUCAUCCAUGUGUGGAAGAACAAUCUGCCGUAUGCGGAGGAGAUGGCAAAUGUCACUAAGGCUGGCUACAGGGCUCUGCUCUCUGCCCCCUGGUACCUCAACCGCAUCUCCUACGGGCAAGACUGGAUGGCAGCCUACCAAGUGGAGCCCUUAAAGUUCACUGGCAGCACUAAGCAGAAGGAUCUGGUGAUUGGCGGGGAGGCGUGCAUGUGGGGUGAAUACGUGGACGUCACCAACUUGACCCCCAGGCUCUGGCCGAGAGCCGGGGCUGUGGCUGAGAGACUUUGGAGUAAUGCAACAGUGAGGAACCUGCAAGAUGCUUAUGUGCGGUUGGCUGACUUCCGCUGCGAGCUUCUCAGGCGGGGUGUCCAGGCAGAGCCUCUCUUCACAGGAUACUGUGAUCAUGAAUUUGGCGGGUUUUGAAAGGAGAAUCCCACUGCCCUCAGUCUCUGUGCACACCAAAGGAAUGAUCUCUUGCUCUCUCAAAAGCUGCUGGCAUGGUAAAGGGACCCCUUUCCUCCCCCUGCUUCUGCUUUUGCAUUGUUGCAAUGAACAUUUUUUUUUCUUAGCGUGCACUCUUUGCCUCUUUUUCUAUUUUGGUUUCUUUAAAUCUAUAAAUAAAUGACCUCAAAGAGAAAAAGGUGCCUUUUCAUACUCAGCUGGGGCUUGGAAACACCACACCAGGGCUUUUUGUUAGCAGGAAAUGGAUAGGUCCCGCUCUGGGACAGGCUGGUUCCAGAGAUGUUGGUGGAGGAGCAUCUGGCUAUGCCUCACCCUGCUGUCUCUGGAGCUUACUGGAUGCCUGCUCAGCUGGACAAGCUUUGCUUAGUCUCUGCCAAUAUCCCAGAUUUCAUCUCUGCUAAGAGAGUACAACUGUCCAGUUGUACAGCAGGGUGUGCAGGGGAGAAUUCUACUGGCCUGCUAGCACCAGGAUGUCACUGCCACCUUGGUUUUGCUUCUGUGGUCUCCUGCACACCAACACUGCUGUGUCACCUGUUGCUUCCUGUCCUUUCUGUCCCAUCUCUCUGUACCUCAGCUGUGUAUAAGCAAGAGGCCUGUCUCCAAGCCACCAUCUCUGCUGCCCCAAACCCUAUCUGCUCCUACUCGAAGCCUCUCAUAGACCUCGCAGCCCUGCUGAGCUGGGUGCAUGGAUGUCAUGGAGUCCCAGCUCAGCUCUUCAGUCGGCUGUGGCCUCUGCUAAGGACUUGGCCAAAUUAUCUGUCCUGCUGCUGCUCUCUAGUGAGCUUGGAGAAGUUCAUCUCUAGUUCUCCUGCAGCCAAGUGGUUUGGUUUGGACACAUUUCCUUGGAGAAGAGUCUGCUGUUGCCAUGUUGAGGAGCAGGGACAGUCAUGGUUCUGGUACUUUGAUGGUUAGGGUUGCCCUGCUGGAAAUCCCAACCAGUUUGAGUGAGAGGAUCUCUCUGGGAGAAAUCCUGAAAGUGUGAAUCUUGUGUAUUCAUCCUGGUCUGAAAUGAGUGAGAUCUGCUGUUUGCUUUCUGUUAUGGCUGGAAACUUCUUAUUGUUAAUUUGGAAUUAAAAUCAUUCCUAAAUCAU